AGAAAACUUGAAGAGCGUAGUAUUCAAAACUAACCUUUCAUCUUUUGCGUAGAAAAAACCAAAGCAACCCUUGUUGUGAUUCUAACCUUGUGCAGAGAAAGAAGAAGCAGGGGAAGAGAAUCGAGAGGUCUUCAUCUUCUGCCAAGAUGCCAAGAACCCAAUCACCUAAAAUUGACGGCUUUAAAGAAGUAGAAGGCCUUAAAGAAGUAGAAGGUUUGGGAAGACCUGUCACUCUUGAGCUGAUAGUGUAUCCCGGAGAGGAUGUGGUCGCAAAGCUAUUGAAGCUUUGGAAAGCAAGCAAUUACUCUAGCUAUGUAGUUUCAGCCUCUGGUCAUAUAUCAAAAGCCGCAAUUGGCAAACCAAGCUCAGAUAUGUUUCAUAUAUAUGAUGGACACUUUGAGAUUCUGUCUUUGUCUGGAAGUUGUUGUGUGAAUCAAGAAGAUGGAUAUGCAGAUUGGAGUCUGGGCAUCACUUUGGCUGAUUCUGAUAGUGAUAGAGAGGCUUUUGGUGGCACCUUCAUCAAUACAUUAAUAGCUUCUGGCACUGUAUCUGUUGGUAUAUUGAACUUUGUGAAAGAAGAGGAAAAGAGCACCGAGAAAAACUGCGAUGAAACUGGAAUGUUUUUUGAGAAGAAGAAGCAGGGGAAGAGAAUCAAGAGGUCUUCAUCUUCUGCCAAGGAUAAAAAAAUUGAUGGCCUUAAAGAAGUAAAAGUUUCUGGAAGCAGGCCUAUCCUUUUUGAGUUGACUGUGUAUCCCGGACAGGAUGUGGUCGCAAAGCUAUGGAAGUUUUGGGAAGCAAGCAAUCGAUCUAGCUAUAUAAUUUCAGCUUCAGGUCAUAUAUCAAAAGCUGCAAUUGGCAAACCAAGCUCAGAUAUGUUUCAUAUAUAUGAUGGACAUUUUGAGAUUCUGACUCUCUCUGGAAGUUGUGUGAAUGAAGAAGAUGGUUCUACAGAUUGGUAUUUGGGCAUCACACUAGCUGAUUCUGAUAGUGACAUAGAGGCUGAUUCUGAUAGUGACAUAGAGGCAUUUGGUGGCAGCUCCAUCAAUACAUUGAUAGCUUUUGACACUAUAUCUCUUCUUAUGCUGAACUUUGUGAAAGAAGAGGAAAAGAGCACCGAGAAAAACUGCGAUGAAACUGGAACUUCUGCUAAGUCUUCCUCUACAACUGGUGGUGUGCUGAUGUCCCUGCUCCUUGCCCUUGGGAAGAAAAUAAUGGGAUUCUUUUCGAAUCCGAUGGUCAACGAGAGUGAUAAGGAAAAACUAAUUUGAGAACAAUGUGAUUAGUUUGAUUUCCAAAAGGAUUACCUUUGUCGCUUGAGGAUAGCAUAUGAUUGUAUGUUUCAGGUUUGGUUAAAUAAAUAAAGUAGACUAUAAAACAUUUCAGUACAAUACUUGAU